AUGGCGGCUCGAUUAAGAGGAAGUCGCGUACUUAAGCCGUUGCUCUACACAGCCGGAGCUGGCGCCCUCGGCAGCACAGCUCUCUACCUCGCAUGGCGCCCGCGUGAUAUCCCGGGGACUGAAGCUGCUGUCGUCCCGCCGCCUACGUACGGUGAGGGUGGCGUGUUUCGCCCGCCACAGUUCCCCCAUGCUAAGAGCAGGGAGGAUCAGAUUGCGGAAUUGAAGCGCAGCGGCGGCGUCGUUGCGAGUGUCAAGGAUAAGGCGAGGAGCCUGUUUGGCAAAGGGGCUGCUCCGGCGUCAGAGGAGAAUGCGGGAGAAGAGCCGUAUGAUCUUUUGAUUAUUGGUGGUGGAGCAACGGGCGCGGGAAUUGCGCUUGAUGCCGUUACUAGAGGAUUGAAGGUCGCGCUUGUUGAGCGGGAUGAUUUUAGCAGCGGGACGAGCAGUAAGAGUACGAAGUUGGUACACGGUGGUGUACGAUACUUGGAAAAGGCUGUGUGGAAUUUGGACUACAACCAAUACGCCCUCGUCGUCGAAGCUCUCCGCGAACGUCGCUACUUUUUGGAUACUGCUCCCCAUCUGUCGCAAUGGCUACCCAUCAUGAUUCCGCUCCAGAAGUGGUGGCAAGCUCCGUACUUCUGGGCUGGUACCAAGUUCUACGAUUUCCUCGCUGGCUCAGAGAACAUUGAGAGCUCGUACUUUAUGACCAAGAGCAAGGCUUUGGAUGCAUUCCCUAUGCUGAAGAAGGAGGGCUUGGUUGGAGCGUUGGUCUACUACGAUGGUGCACACAAUGACUCCCGCAUGAACGUCUCUCUCGCUAUGACCGCUGCGCUUUACGGCGCAACAGUCGUUAACCAUCUCGAGGUCACAAGCCUCGAGAAGGAUGCUAACGGUCGCCUUUGUGGAGCAAAGGCAAAGGACUGUGUUGUCGAAACCGAUGGCAAAAAGGCUGAAGAGUUCACCAUCAAGGCCAAGGGUGUUAUCAACGCUACUGGACCUUUCACCGACUCUAUCCGAAAGAUGGACGACCAGACAAUCGAAGAGAUUGUCGCACCUAGCUCUGGUGUUCACGUCAUUCUUCCUGGAUUCUACAGCCCCGCGAACAUGGGUCUCAUUGACCCCAACACUUCGGACGGACGUGUCAUCUUCUUCCUGCCGUGGCAAGGAAACACAAUCGCCGGUACCACGGAUACUGCUUGUGAAAUCACGCCGAACCCCGUUGCCGGUGAAGACGAGAUCGACUGGAUUCUCAAGGAAGUCAAGCGCUACCUGCAGCCCGAGAUCAACGUCAGGCGAGGAGAUGUCCUUGCCGCGUGGUCUGGUAUCCGCCCUCUCGUCAAGGACCCCAACGCGCCCAAGACUGAGGGUCUCGUCCGUAACCAUCUUGUCACAACCUCUCCCUCUGGUCUGCUCACUUGCUCCGGUGGCAAGUGGACUACAUACCGUCAAAUGGCCGAGGAGACUGUCGAUGAGGCGAUUAAGGAAUUUGGUCUGAAGACCAGCCCGCUAACCGACGCUACCUUGAUCAGUGGUACCGAAGUCAAGGACGAAGCUCCUCUUGACGGUACCUGCCAGACUCACCGCGUCCGUCUCGUCGGUGCCCAUGGCUACUCCAAGACCCUUUUCAUCAACCUAAUCCAGCACUACGGCAUUGAGACUGAUGUCGCCAAGUACCUCUGCCAGGCCUAUGGUGACCGCGCCUGGACUGUCGCUGCCCUUUCCGCGCCCACUGAGCAACGCUUCCCUGUUCGCGGCACCAGAAUCUCUAGCCUCUACCCAUACAUCGAUGGCGAAGUCCGCUACUGCGUGCGCCACGAGUACGCGCAAACCGCCGUCGACGUGAUCGCGCGCCGCAUGCGUCUCGCCUUCCUCAACGCGCAAGCCUCCCUCGAAGCCCUCCCGCGCGUCAUCGACAUCAUGGCCGAAGAGCUCAACUGGAGCUCCACGCGCAAGGAAAACGAGUGGAAGAACUCUGUGCACUUCCUCGGCUCCAUGGGCCUGCCCAAGAACAAACUCAGCCUCACACGCAAGGACGUGGAGAGUGGACGUGUGGGCAAGUACACAGAUGAAGAGUACCAUUUGUACGCUAGACAUGAUAAGCCUGAGGAGACGCUCGAGAGCGAUUCAAAGUAUCCGAAGGGACAUAACCCUGUGGUGGGGAGGGAAAGCGAGGCCAACAAAUAAGUUGUUGGCUAUAGAGCUCUUCGUUGUAUAGAUUUGAAGGUGUUGGAAUGCUGUUGUUGAUGUUGUAGCUGUUGGGAUACCAUGCAUUUUUGCACACUCGCAACGCUAUCUUGUAUAUUUUUGUAGGCUGAGGUAUUCAUUUCUUCACAUCACUGUUUUCUCUG